AUGCAGCCAAGCCAGCAGCGAGAGCCCCACCUCUGCGACGACAACCCCACCAGGCCCUUCGAGUCAGUGUCAGCUGACUUGUUCUCUACCGCGGGGAAGUACUUCCUCGUGGUCGCUGACCGACUGUCUGGCUGGCCUGUUGUGGUGUCUUGUGGCGUUGAUACUGCUUCUUCAGCAACGAUUCGUCACCUCAGGCAACUCUUCCGCGACCUAGGUGUGCCAGUUCGCCUACGCACGGAUGGCGGCCCACAGUUCGCCAGCCAGGAGUUCGCCGCCUUCCUUGAGCGCUGGGGAAUCCGCCACAACAUGUCGACGCCCCACUACCCACAAUCGAAUGGUCAUGCAGAGGCUGCUGUAAAAUCAGUUAAGUACCUCAUCCAGAAGGUGGCCCCUACUGGACACCUGGAUUGUGAGGCGUUCGACAGGGGUCUCCUCGAGCUUCGCAACGCCCCAAACCACACUGGUCGCUCCCCAGCCCAGAUCCUCUACGGUCACCCCCUUCGCUCUUGUGUCCCCGCUCACGCUAAGGCUUUCCAGAAACAGUGGCAGGCCAGAGUAGAGAGCUGUGAUCGUCGGGCUGCUGUUCGCCUACAAGAUGAUACAGACCGAUACGACGCACAUGCCCGGCCUCUCCCACCGCUCGAGCUCGACGCUGUAGUCCGUGUCCAAGACCCAACGACGAAGCGCUGGGAUAAGGUCGGCACCGUCAUGGGCAUCGGCAAGUCCCGUGACUACCUCGUCAAGAUGCCCAGCGGUCGUAUCUGGUGGAGGAACCGCCGCUUCCUUCGCCCGUCCAUGUCCCCGUCCAAGGACCUGCCGCCCACGGACGCCACCCCACCUGGAGCAGAGUCACCCCAGCCCGCUCUGCCUCGCCGCUCAGCACGCAUCAAGGGCAGGAGAGACGCUCAAGACACUGCGUGCUAUGAGCGUGAAGGGGGGAGGGAGAUGUAG